AUGGAAUUCCACAAUGGCAUCGGCAUCUGGUUGCGCAACGCAGGUCGCACUGGGCCUCCCUCAGCCAGGCCGAAAGCACCGGCCGCACCAGCUCCGAAGCCCGCAGCGAAGAAGGCUGCGGCAAAGCCUAAGCCGACGCCCAAGGCGCCGGCCCCCAAGGCCGCGCCCAAGGCGCCGGCAGCACCGGCGCCCAAGGCGGCUCCGCAGGCGGCUCCGCAGCCGGCAGCGCCGGCGGCAGCGGCGCCGAGGUGGUGGGGAUCCGACGAUGUUUAUUUUUAUGAGAUUGAAGCAACCAAUAUCCCAUUUCCUUAG